AUGACGGUCUUUAUUUGCUCCCUAUUUCUCCCCAAGACGGUGCAAUUCAAUUUGCCAGGCAACUCUCGCCGUCGACACACGCUCUCGAAGCGCCAGAAGGCUUUUGAACCGCCCAAGCCUCUGCCCACCGUCACCACCGUCGACGUCCAGCCAAGUCUCUUCACGCCGCGACCCGACAUCACCCCGCCUCACACCCCGGUCGACGAGCCCACUUCACCCGAUCCAUUUGCCAACGAAGAUGGCUUUCGCAUUCACUUCCCGCACAGCGACAAUUCUCCCGCCGGCAAUGGCUCCAAGUCCUGGGGCGGCCGUGCUGACCAGCCGAAAUCCCGGGCCAGCACGCCGCCGCCCGCCGAAAUCUUCGAGAGCAGCCGCACCCUGCAGAAAGCAACCGAGAUGGGUCGUCGAGGCAUUGUUAAGCCCAGGUCUCUGAUCCGUAGCGAGAGUCAUGACAAGGUCUUUGCCUCUGCUUCAUGGCGCGUCAUCAACGCUGACCAGGGCAACGGAGGGCUCCGCAAUGCCGCCUUGGCUGCUGCCCGCGACGGAAAGCUCUCGGAUUACACUUGGGUCGGCACUUUGGGCAUGCCCACCGAUGCCCUCGAGGGUACUCAGCAGAAGCAAGAUAUCGAAGACACGCUGGCUACCGAGCACGACAUGCUGGCCGUCUUCUGCUCCGACAAGGACUUUGACGGCCACUACACCCACUUCUGCAAGCAGAUGCUCUGGCCCGUCUUCCACUACCAGAUCCCCGACAACCCCAAGAGCAAGGCGUACGAGGACCACUCCUGGAAAUACUACGUCAAGGUCAACCAGGCCUUUGCCGACAAGAUUGUCCAGAACUGGAAGCGAGGCGACGUCAUCUGGAUCCACGACUAUCACCUGCUGCUCGUCCCUGGCAUGAUCCGUAAGAAGCUGCCCGAGGCCAAGAUUGGCUUCUUCUUGCACGUUGCUUUCCCCUCGUCCGAAGUCUUCCGCUGCCUGGCUGUUCGAAAGGAGCUCCUCGAGGGUAUGCUGGGGGCCAACCUCAUUGGCUUCCAGAUCCAGGAAUACACCAGGCACUUUUUGCUUACCUGCAGUCGCAUCCUCACCGUCGAGGCAACACCCGAGGGUCUGCAGCUCGAAGACCGCUUCGUUGAGGUCGUUCACAAUGCCAUUGGCAUUGAUCCUGUCAGCCUAAACAAGCACCGUGAGGAAAACGAGGUGAAGAAAUGGCUUGCCGUCAUGCAAGAGCGCUACCAAGGAAAGAGGCUCAUCGUCGCACGAGACAAGCUCGACCAUGUGCGAGGAGUCAGGCAAAAGCUGUUGGCAUACGAGCUAUUCCUGAAUAAGAAUCCGGAAUGGCGUGAAAACACUGUCCUGAUCCAGGUGGCGCUGUCUUCGGGCGAGCCCACUGAGCUUGAUGCUGCCGUCUCUGACAUUGUUACGCGCGUGAAUUCGUCGUGGGCAAAUCUGGCCUACCAGCCCGUCGUCUAUCUCAAGCAGGAUAUCGACUACGCCCAAUAUCUUGCCCUCCUCUCCAUCGCCGAUGCACUCAUGAUCACAAGCCAGCGUGAAGGCAUGAACCUCACCUCCCAUGAGUACCUGUUUUGCCAGGAUGGCAAGAUCUUCCCCGACAAGAAGCACGGCUCCCUCAUCUUGUCCGAGUUUACUGGAACAUCAUCGCUCUUUGGCAAGAACGAGCUGUCGGUUAACCCUUGGGAUUACCGCCAGUGCGCCGACGCAAUCAAGCAGGCGCUCGAGAUGGGCGAGGAAGAAAAGACACGUCGGUGGGAGAAGCUGUACCAGUCCGUAGUGCACCAGACAGGCUCCCACUGGUUCACAGAGUUCCUCGGCCAUUUGGACCGGUCGUACGAGGAGCAACACAAGCGCGAUCAGACCUACGUACCUCGGCUCUCGAUGAGCUCGGUUUCCGCCAAGUACGCGGAUGCUCAGCGUCGAUUGUUCAUUCUGGAUUACGAGGGCACGCUCGUCAGCUGGGGCCCUGUGAAUCAAAUCAUCCCAAUCAGCCCACAGCGAACAUUGGAUGUGCUCAACGACCUGCUGCUGGACGAACGAAACACUGUCUAUGUCAUGUCCGGCCGACGACCGGAGGAGCUAGAUCGAGUGUUCCGCCGCGUGCCGAACCUGGGCCUGAUUGCUGAGAACGGCUGUUUCCUCAAGGACUGCGGCAAAGAAAAGUGGGUGGAAAUGGCUGAUGCGUCCCAGAUCACCAACUGGAAGGAAUCGGUCAAGCCCAUCAUGCAGUACUACCUCGAGAGAACGCCCGGCACGCAAAUCGAGGAGCGACGCUGCAGUCUGCUUUUUCACUACAACAACGCCGAAGACUAUGAAUCAGCGUCUCGCCAGGCAUCCGACUGCGCUAGCCACGUCAACGAUGCCUGCGAGUCACAGAGAGUACAUGCCCUCGCAGUGGACGGUGCCAUCCUUGUUGAGCCUCUGGACUGGACCAAGUGCACAGCGGCGCAGCGGGUGCUUGAGCAACUCGGAGAGAGCAUGAACUCGGACGACGCACACGAGCAGCCCGUUGACUUCUUGAUGGUUGUCGGUGACGGCCGAGAAGACGAAAAGGUGUUCAAGUGGGCAAAUAACCUGGGCAGCCAGAAGCAGAUCAAGGACGUCAUCACAGUGAGCCUUGGCAGCCGUAACACCGAGGCCGCGGCCACCUUGACACAGGGCGUGAGCGGCGUCCUCAACUGCCUUCAGCGACUUGCGUCUACCUCAUGA